AUGGCAUUAAAAGCGACCCAAGAGAUGUGCGCAGUUUGCUUUGAUAUGCUAUUCGCUGCUCUUAGAAAUCAGCCAACUGGAUCUAUUAUCGAACGAUUUUUUUUAACUGAAACUCAAGUUAAUGCUCCAUGCCCAAUAUUCGUUACGUGAAAAAUAAACAAAUCUGAUGAUCUAAGAGGCUGUAUUGGCACUUUUGAUCAAGGAACACGAAUAGGUGAUCUUUUGCCAAGAUAUGCACUUAUCUCAGCUUUUAAUGAUACUCGUUUUGAUCCAAUAUCUUUAAAAGAAGCUGAACAUUUAAGCGUAUCUGUAAGCUUACUAACAAAUUUUAUUCGAAUAAAACAUCCUUUAGAUUGGGAAGUUGGAAAGCAUGGAAUUGAAAUAAAUUUUAGUGCCAAAGGCAAAAAAUACUCAGCCACUUUUCUCCCUGAAGUUUCCAAAGAUCAAGGAUGGGACCAAGCUAGGGUUUGACCUGAAAAUACCGCCAUUUGGUAUUUUCCGGAACUUUUUUGUCCUAUUAAAAGAACGUAAAAUUUCAAAAAAUCUCCGUUUUUCCAUGAAAAUACCAUAUUGGAAAAAAAAUUUUUCAAAAAAAAAGUUCCUGAAAAUACCAUAUCAUAAAAUUUUUACCGAUUGAACUACCUGAAAAUACCAUAACGGUGAAAAAAAAAUCGAUAUCAUGACAGCAUAGUUUUAAACAGAGAAGCAGACAAAUAAACCUGCAUUCGAAGAGUAAAUGGUCUCUUGUUUGCUGAAACGCAAUAAUAAUUCCAACACAAAUAAAGGGAUUAUAUGCAUUCCAAUCAUUAUUGGCUAAUAACCAAUAAAAUUUUUUUUCCUCAAAAUCGCUGGAAAAUACCGUCAUAAAAUUUUAAAUUGUGACAAGCGCGAUUUUAAUUGUAUGCUCAAAAUAAGUAUUAAUGAGAGCCAUAUGCUACUAGAGCUAAGACAGCUAUUAUGGCAAGCAAACAAAUUCAAAAGAUAUAACAAUAGAGUGUAUUUAUAUAUAUAUAAUAUAUAUACAUAAAAUGGCGUAUGGCGACCGACCCACCCUCCCAGUGGUGGUUACCCAUGUAUAUCCGGGCAUGGUUUUUGGAGCAGGGAAUUAGCCCAACAACGUCCGGGACCUCGAAGCGAGAGGCCUAAGCGCGAGAACCGCUGUUUUUGCGACCAGACCCAUGGGCAGUUAUUCGUGACUUCUUUUUGCCAGCAGCGCUCAGCCCAGUGAGUGCCCGAAAUGAGGCAGGGUGAAUUACCUGCCUAAGCUGCUUUAGUGGCUCGCCCCGAAUGGCGAAAGCUGUUGAGUUCUUUCUCGGAUGACCGGAAAAGAGGGGAGGCGAGUUAGACAUCGAGACGGGGGUCUCUCCAGUUGAAAAGGUGCCCUUCAAUGGGCAGAUCUGGCGGACGACGAAGCGGAGUUGGCGUAAACUUAGGCGACGAUCCAAGUUGGAAAUGGAGGUGGUCAGCAAAGCCGUAUAAGACGGCCCUUGACAAUACCUCUACCGAGAAACCGGGGGUUUCGGCCCGGGCUUGGUGAACGCUCUGCCACCACACGGGAAACCGUGGCAUGCGACCUCGGACGUAGUAGGGACCUUAAAUACCCAGCGUAAUCUUAAUCUUAAUCUUAAUCUUAAUAUAUAUAUAAAAUUAUUUCAAAAUUGCAGGAAAAAAACCAAAAAUGUCUUUUUUUUUGUUGAAAAAAUUCGCAUGAAAAUACCAAUAGUAAAUUUUUAAACGGUCCAAAAUUCGCCUGAAAAACCGCUAAUGGAAAAAAAAAAUUUCGAAAAAUCCAUGAAAAUACCAAAUAGGAAUUUAUAAUUAAAUUCAAUUAAAUUUAGGCUCGACAAAUUUAUACGAUAUCAUCUAAAGUCAAAUUAAAGAAACUAAAUUAAGUAGCAUUGAAAACAAUAGUUUAAAGUCGACUAUAUGAAUAACAUUACAGUAGCGUGUAUCAAUUUUUUCGACAUAAAUUAAAUAGAAAAUUUUUAUUUUAGCUGUCUGCUAAGAACAUACGAAACAGUGAGAAGUAGUUUAAGCAGCACUUGGCCAAAUCAAAUAAAAGGAGUGCUUUGAAGCCGCCUUUGUAAAUUACCCAUAGCUCAAUUAAUACAAGCCUAUGAAAAGCAUGAUAAAUGCAUUUAAUUCUGAAUUGUAAAAUCUAUCGAGGUCAACUAUAAGAAUUAUUGCAAAGUCAAUAGUGUAAAAUAAAUUUAAUUUCUCGAUUUGGCAGCUUAUAUCCUCUAAUAGUGAACAAAAAUAAUAAUCUAUUGAAGUGAAGGAAAAAAUUCAAGUAUUUAAAAUGAAACCUUUAGAAUUCUAUUUUGAGAAACUCAAGGAGUACGCUAUAGACAAUAGCAGUGAAAUCGAUUAGUUUUUACCAUUAAGAUAAAACAUCAAAAUGUUUAGAUAUCAAAUUCGUUUAAAUAACUGCUUCAUGUUUUUUAUAUUAAGUAAUUUAAUGCUUUUUAUGAGGCUUAUAAAAUUCUAUAUAAUAGUAAAUAGCUGAACGUUUUAUGCAUCCUUUAUAUUGAAACUUUAUAGAUAUUUUGAGAUCAGAAGAAAGUGCAACAGCCUGACGAAAAAACUCAUUUGAUGACAAUGAAUGGCGAUCCAAAAUGGCUAUUUGGUCUAUAUGGCAGAGGAACUUAAGAUUUCAGAGUAUAUUAUGUUGGAAGUGAUAGAAGCUUGCAUGGAUUUAUUAUAAAUUCAGUAUGUACAGAUCCAGUAAAUCCAACUGAAAUAUUUAGUGAUGGAUGAGUAGCAUAUAAUCAACUCCCUACAAUUGAAUAUCUCCAUUUAAUUGUGUACCAUAAUCAGCUUUGGCACUGGAAGGUUCACAACCAACAAUAUAAAAAAUUUAUGAAGCAGAAUAAAGAGGCUAAGGGCUUAUAGAAAACGAUUCCACCCAAGAAAUGAAGAAGAGCUUGAAGAUUGCCCUAUUUUUUUACUGGCUCUUAAAGCAUAGGUCUAUUACUGAAAGAAUUGAUAUUUUAAUCAAAAUCCUUAACUUCUAAACUCUUUAAUAGUUUAAAGAUUUUAUUAUUAAGUUUAGAUAUAGUAAUUGCCCGAGGAUGGCGCUAUCUUGCGCCAUCCUCGGGCAAUUCCUAUAGUUCAAUAUUAGAAAUUGCCACUUGUCUAUUUUUUCUUAAUGGUAAAAAACUAAUCGACGUCACUGCUAUUGUCUAUAGCGUACUCCUUGAGUUUCUCAAAAUAGAAUUCUAAAGGUUUCAUUUUAAAGACUUGAAUUUUUCCCCUUGACUUCAAUGGAUUUAUUAUUUUUCUUCACUAUUAGAGGAUGAAAGCUAUCAAGCCGAGAAAGAAACUUCUGAAAGUUAUAGCUGUACAAGACAAUGUGCAUUAGUUUGAAAUUCAACAUGCUGCUAUCUACCCUUGCUAUUUCUGCUUUUAGCUGUUGUCUCUCCAGUUCAUAUAUCUGAAAGUCUUCAAUAGCGUGACGCUCAUCUUCGGCAGCACCACAAUUUUCCUCAUGUGCGCAGUGCAGCAUAUGAGUUGAACCCAACCCUUAGCCUAUGUAUUAGAUAAUAAAUAGAACGGCUUGGCCAACUUUGUGUUGGAUUUUUUGCAGCUUAAACUACUUCUCACUGUUUCGUAUGUUCUUAGCAGACAGCUAAAAAUAAAAAUUUUCUAUUUAAUUUAUGUCGAAAAAAUUGAUACACGCUACUGUAAUGUUAUUCAUAUAGUCGACUUUAAACUAUUGUUUUCAAUGCUACUUAAUUUAGUUUCUUUAAUUUGACUUUAGAUGAUAUCGUAUAAAAUUUGUCGAGCCUAAAUUUAAUUGAAUUUAAUUAUAAAUUCCUAUUUGGUAUUUUCAUGGAUUUUUCGAAAUUUUUUUUCCAUUAGCGGUUUUUUCAGGCGAAUUUUGGACCGUUUAAAAAAUUUACUAUUGGUAUUUUCAUGCGAAUUUUUCAACAAAAAAAAAGACAUUUUUGGUUUUUUCCUGCAAUUUUGAAAUAAUUUUAUAUAUAUAUAAAAUACACUCUAUUGUUAUAUCUUUUGAAUUUGUUUGCUUGUCAUAAUAGCUGCCUUAGCUCUAGUAGCAUAUGGCUCUCAUUAAUACUUAUUUUGAGCAUACAAUUAAAAUCGCGCUUGUCACAAUUUAAAAUUUUAUGACGGUAUUUUCCAGCGAUUUUGAGGAAAAAAAAUUUUAUUGGUUAUUAGCCAAUAAUGAUUGGAAUGCAUAUAAUCCCUUUAUUUGUGUUGGAAUUAUUAUUGCGUUUCAGCAAACAAGAGACCAUUUACUCUUCGAAUGCAGGUUUAUUUGUCUGCUUCUCUGUUUAAAACUAUGCUGUCAUGAUAUCGAUUUUUUUUCACCGUUAUGGUAUUUUCAGGUAGUUCAAUCGGUAAAAUUUUAUGAUAUGGUAUUUUCAGGAACUUUGUUUUGAAAAUUUUUUUUCCAAUAUGGUAUUUUCAUGGAAAAACGGAGAUUUUUGAAAUUUUACGUUCUUUUAAUAGGACAAAAAAGUUCCGGAAAAUACCAAAUGGAGGUAUUUUCAGGUCAACCCAUCAAGCUACUACUCUUGUUAACUUGUUUAGAAAAGCUUGCUACAUGUCUUAUAAACAAAGUCCUCUUGAAAUUAUACAAGAGAUUUCUCCUACAUUAAAUGUAAAAACAUAUCAAAGCUCAAAACAAUCAAUGAGCUAUGAAAAUUAUCAGGCUUAUCGAAGUCUACAAACGUAA